AUGGAAGUUGAAUGUCUAGCUUUGAGAGAUCUCAUAAGUCCAAAGAAGAGCAAAGCAGACAUAGAGGAUGUCAGAGGCAGAAAUGAUCAGAAGGUAUGUUUUGAUUCAAAGUCAAAUGAACCCUUCAAUUCCUUAUUAUUUAUAUCCAUAUUAUUCCUUAUUGAAGAGACACCCUCAGAAACAAUCUUCAGUCAAUUCCUCUUUUCAUGAAUUUGUAGCACAGUUAUAUGACAUGCCUGGAGUGUCUUGAAAUAAGAUUAUCUUUCUCACAUGAUUUAGAUAGUUAAGCUUACGUUAUUACAAUACUUAUAUUAAGUAGAUCCGCCUACAAAUGCACCACAUUUCAUAUCACUCCACCCCACUUAAUCAAAGUUCUUAACAUCAUGCUCCUUCACAGGAGAACAGAUGUGUGGAUCGAAGAAGAACCACCCCUCACAAGAUGGACACCACGGCCACCAUGCUGCUGUAUGGCAGCAAGGCUCCCACCCCGGAACACCUCCACGGCACCCCUGUUAAGCCUUCUGAGCGGGGGGCGGACCCCUGGACCCCCACGGCCAACCUCAGGAUGCUCAUCAGUGCUGCCAGCCCUGACAUCCGCGACAGAGAGAUGAAGAAGGUGCUGUUUAGGCCCAUUGAGAAUGAGAGAGCAUUGGAGGAUGUCGAGGUGGAUGGCACGUGCCAGGUACCCUUUGACCACUCACUCUUUGCGUCCCAAAUGGCACCCUGUUCCCUUUAUAGUGCACCACUUUUAACCAGGGCCCAUAGGGCUAAAAGUAAAAAAAAGUAGUAAACUGUAUAGGGAAUAGGAUAUCAUUCGGGACACUCUCACUGACCCCCUAUACUGAAUUGAUGGUGAUGGCCGCCUUUGGGCGAGCAUUUGGUAUUGUGUUAUGGGUAGUUUGUAUGGAAUGAGAUUAGCAAAGGUUAUGCCAGAAACUGUGCUGGUAGGAUAUGUUAUCCCGAAUACAGUGACAUUAUCAUCAUACUGUUGGAUUUGAUUAUCAUCUUCCAACUAAUGGAUUUGUAGAUGCUGAAAUCUUAAAAGUAUAAUGCUGUGGUAAAUGUUUACAAUUCUUGACUGAAUACAUUUCUUGCCAAUGCUUUGUCUCUCUGAUCAGUUUGAUGUGGUGGACGAGGAGGAGGAAGAGGGGGGGGGGACAAAGCCCAGCAGGAAGCAGAAGAGCCUGGGUCUGCUGUGCCAGAAGUUCCUGGCCCUGUAUCCGGACUAUCCAACCUCUGACACCAUCAGCAUCUCAUUGGACGAGGUGUCUACCAGCUUGGGUAAGAGACAAUGAAACCAGAGAGGGAGAUUUACAGCUACACCUGGGUCAUGUUCAUUAGGGCAAGCAAUGCAAAAUGUUUUGCAAAUGUUUCAGCGGUCCCUCCCUGUUUCAGUCCGUUAAAUAAUAAAUACCAUUAGGCAGAUGCUUUUAUCCGAAGCGACUUACCGUCAUGCGUGCAUACAUUUUACAUAUGGGUGGUCCUGGAAAUGGAACCCACUACCCUUGCGUUACAAGCGCCAUCCUCUCCCAACUGAGAUACAAAUGACCCGUUGUCUUCCGUUUGAUGACUAAUGAACACGACCCAGCCCAGGGAGGCUGCCAUAAUUGGUAACCGCACAGAAAGGAAGACCAUAAUGGAAACAGCUAAUGUAAUAUCCGUUUUAUGAGCAAUGUGAAGUUUCAUGCAUUAUUGGAUUUUGGAGACGGUUGCUAUGGAUACCUUCAUGCAGAGCCCUCGUAUCCUACUGUACCUUCCAGAAUAGCACCAGGUUGUAGUAUAAACCACUGUACCUUCUAGAAUAGCACCAGGCUGUAGUAUAAACCAAGCCAUGUCUGAGACUAUGAGGAAAGUUAAGAUGCAGCCAAACAUGAUCUACUGCGUCAUGAAAUCCUCUUGUGAAACAAUGUGGUACCUUAGUUAUAGCUUUGCAAUAUAACCAGCUCACAUAACGUAACAGUGAUGUCAUGUUGCUAACCCCAGUCUGACCUGUCCCUGGUGUGUGUCUGUCUUUAGGAGUGGAGCGGCGGCGGAUCUACGACGUCGUAAACGUCCUGGAGUCUCUGAUGAUCCUGGGGCGCGUGGCUAAGAACCAAUACGUGUGGUACGGGCGCCGGCAUCUGGGGUCCACCCUGGCCGAGCUGCAGGGGAUGGGCAGGCAGCAGCGCUACCACCUGCACAUGGAGCAGGCCAUGGGAGGGCGGUCACAGAGAGGGAGCCACCACACACCCCCCAGAGGAGGGAGGUGAAGCAGACUCCAGCUGUGGUGAGAGCAGAGUAGGGGGAGGUUGCCCCUAGAUGCUGACCUUGGUAUAGUUUUACAUUUUCCUAAAGGGACAAUCUGUGAUUGCUAGAUCAGGGGCGGCUGAUGGACACAGGGUUGAAUUAUAAUUUGGGAUGUGUGAGUGAAGCUAGAAGUUUGGUGUCAAUUAUGUAUGUAUGUCAAUGGGAGAUUUGGCAUGCGUUCAUGCUCUGUGUGUAUCUCAAGUUUGGAUUCAUUUGGAUGUGCCGGGUGUGUGUGUGUUUUACAAAAUUAUUUUGUCCUAUUUUCUGUCUAAAUACAGGAAAUCUGAUUACUGAAGGUUAGGUCAACUGUAACAAGCUACUUUCUAGACCGCAAUGCAUUCUGGUCAACCGUCUCCGUGACAGGAGUAGCGUGAAGUUGCCCCUAGAUGCUGAUCUUGGGUCAGUGUUAUAUUUUCCGCACUAAUGGUUAAGGUUAGGAUUGGGGGAAAAGUUCACCCCAGAGCUUUUCACAACAGGUAAUGGAUCACUUAUACCCUGUGUCAUUAUUAGUCAAACAGUCUGGUUAAUUAACUUCAACGGGUGUUUGGAGAUUACUAGUUAAUAUGUGCCACAACAAAAGCUCAGUCGCCAUUCCUCUGCUGUCAUCUCCCAGUUGUAUCAGUGAUCCAUCACAUUGACGAGGAGCGCAUUGUCAUUACAAAGAAACAAACAUUAAUGCUAAGAAUCCCAUCAGCCUUGAUAAACCUUGAGGCCGCCACUCCCGUCUCCAUGACGAUGAGGAAUGCUUUCAUUGACUUGGGCUUAAAGGCUAAUUAACUAGCGUUAAUUUAGAACCGUGUGUAUUAUUUCAGUACUGGGUGCUGUGUUGGAACACAUUACCUCUUGAAGCACUCAGUAAUGAAGAAAAAACAUCUGGCUGCUGAUUUGCGUCAGGGCUUCCUGCCACUAAGAAAUAAUGACGGUGUACCAACCACUGCUGUUGACUCAAUGUGUUUUGCUCUCUGUGUUCGCUGCCGAAUGACAUUGUCGAGUCUAACUGACAGUUAUUUCAUUUGUGUUUAUGAGAAAAUUCAUUAUCUUGUCAGAAAGUCAAACUGUCGCGGUGGAGGCAAUUAUUCAUUACUGUAAUGUUGACGUGGUUACUGUAAUUAUGACUGUUACUGUGGUUGUGUUUGCGGUUAGCUGUGUGUUUCGACAAGGCUAAUUAGGUAGCUGCAUGUAGCUAGCUAACAACAGUCCAAAGCUACGGUUCCCUAGAGGCAGUGGUUGCCAUGGAUCUGGCGUCCCCCCCUGCAGAACACUAGGCCUGCCACCUCCUGUCAUAACGUGUCCCGUUGGUGUCACCCUCAGGGAGAGGAGGGGAGAGUCCUCUCUCUCACUGAAUAAGGAAUGUUGUGGUUCGUAUUGUGGUCCUGUUUGACAAGACAACCUGUUUGACAGGUAACUCAGGUCUUGAAUCAAAUUCCCGUUUCUCUGUAACAUGUACAAUAAAGUUGUACUAUUAUUAUUAUAGGAGGAGCGUGUGACAUGCUGUAGGUCGGAUUCAAACCCAUGCUGACGCCGGUAUGUAGCUAUGCUGUCGGCAGCACUGAGCACUAGACCAUACAAGCCACUGCAACGUCCUAUUCAUUAGUGCGCACCAUCGCAAAACGUUUUGCAAUGGAAAGCGAAAACAAGCAUUUCUUAUUGGACAGGUUCCGGUAGUUCCCUCCAUGUUUUCUAUUUUCUUCCAUUUGCCACUCAGUGAAUAGGACCCAGUACUCCCUUUAACUUUGUUCUGCUUGUCUGUUUGCAGCGGCCGCCAGCACGAGGAAAGACAAGUCCCUACGCAUCAUGAGUCAGAAGUUUGUCAUGCUCUUCCUGGUGUCCAGGACCCAGACAGUCACUCUGGACGUGGCUGCCAAGAUCCUCAUCGAGGAAAGCCAGGACCCCGCCAGCCACAGCAAGUACAAAAGUAAGGAUUCUGUUACCCUACAAAGUGCACAACUUUUGACCAGAGCCCAAAGGGAUCUUGAGGAUUUUGGCGUGCAGUCGAAGAGCCUCUGACACAAUAGCAAGUCCAGGUCGUCCCUGCCUGUUUCAGUCAGUUUCUUCCCUUUGGGGCCGAAUGAUCACAACCCAGCCACCAAAUAGCUGCGGGUUGAAGUUUCCCCUAGUGUAGGUCUAGGAUCAGCUUCCCCUCUCCUAAUCCUAACCUUAACCAUUAGUGGGGAAGAUGGAAAACUGACCCAAGAUCAGUGUCUAGGGGCAACUUCACUGGACACCUCAGAUACCCCCAGACGUCCCUCCAAUUGGCCUUUUUACUGUGGUGAUAGAUCUAAACGAUAACUCUGAUUCUAAUCUGUCUUCAGCUAAGGUGCGGCGGCUUUAUGACAUCGCCAACGUCCUGACGAGUCUGGGAUUGAUCAAGAAGGUCCACGUCCGGGAGGAGAGGGGGAGGAAGCCUGCCUUCAAAUGGAUCGGCCCGGCAGACUUCCACACCCAGCCAUGGUAAGAUUGAAUUGAAAUGAUUUGGGUAGUGAAUAAUACAACAAGAUGUGGAUACCCAGAGGAUAGCGCUUAAAAGCAUUCAUUAAAACACUUUCCAAAGUGGUCCUCGGUGGUAAAACAAAUAACAUCACUCCCAUAUUGGUUCAGAUGGGCAUUAGCUCAGUGCUUCAUAGAGAGACUAUAUAUUAACCAAUAUUACAGUAAAUGGAUAUAGAUGCAUUAUACAUUAAUAAUGGAACUGUCUUCACUACUAAAAACUAAUCAUAAACUUGUCUAUUGACCAAGACUAACACGCUCUGGGAUGAAUUUCCCCUAGGUACAGAUCUAGGAUCAGCUUCCCCUCCUCCAAUUCUAACCUUAACUAUUAGUGGGGAAAAUGCAAAACUGACCCAAGAUCAGCGUCUAGGGGCAACUUCACCCUACUCCUACUACCACACAGAACUCACUGGCCACUCAAAUGUUUUUCAACAGAGGACUCGGAGGCUGUGGAGGCCAUUGCUCUUCCAGGCGGCAGGAAACAGAAGCUGGCACGCCACGCCUCCUUCAGCGUGGUGCCCACCUCCGUGGCCAGCCAACGCCUCGUCAACUCGGCCCCCAGCAGCCCACGCAGAGAGGUCACAGGUAAGGAGUCAGGACAGACCGCUCACAUCACCAAUGGCUACGUGGGUUAUAGCAUGGUGCUGUCAACCAUCAACCAACAAUCCACUACUAAUCUGUUGAUAUGUUAGGGUUACUGUUAGAGUUAAGACUUAGGAUAAGGUUAGGGCAAGUGGGUAGUUAGUUGAACAUCUACAAACCAUCUAUUUGGGUAUCCAAAUAAAGUAAUACCUGUAAAUGUAAUUGAGUAUCUCACGUCUCCUUCGGUUCUGUCCAGGUCUGCUUCCCCAGCCAGUGGACUAUUCCAGAAAGUGUGUGAGCAGCAGCGCCGUGUGCCGGCUGAGGUUUGGAACCACUGUUACAGGGUAAGUAGAACACACACGGAAGGAGGCUCACCCUCACACACCAAACAUCCCAGGUGGCUAUGAAUCCUGUUCCUGAUCACGCCAUCCAAUAGUACUAACUUUAGAUUUACUGCAAACAAUCCACGACUUAUGUGUUACAUUUCAUGAUCUAUUACACUGAUGGCCAACCUGUUGCGAAGGACUAGCUUGUUGGUUGAAUGUAAUGGCGCGUAAGGCCCAUUGGUAUACAACAGACAUACAACAGGGCUGCCAUGUGAAUAAAAUGAAUGGAUGUAUCCCAAAUGGCACCCUAUCUCCUAAUAGUGCACUAAUAGGUCAAAAGUAGUGCACUACAUAGGGAAUAGGGUGCCAUUUGAGACGUAACCUAUGCAGUGAUUUAGUUGGAGCUCAGGAACAGGAAACUGGGCCCUUAGAGGAAGUGAUGCGUGCAAAUGACCAGCCCCAGAGGCUCCGGCUUGGAGUUUUUAAUAGGUCGGCUGAAACUCUCCGCAAACUGUUAUUGGUCCUCGUCUUCACAGUUCAUUUAAUUUAUAAAAGGUGGUUUUUGUAAUGUUUCGCUUUGAAUUUUUACUCUUACCCUUGUUUGUUGGCGUUGGCUCCCACGUCAAGCUUUAGGCUGGGUUUGACAUGUUUUACAUGAGUUGGCUGCAGUUUCUCCUGGUUCUCUCGGUUUCUGACCAUUUCUACUAGGGAUGUGGUGGCUAUUUCACCGGUGGCCAAGCCACAGCCGUCUCAAGGCUGUUGCUGCUCUAAGUGUUUUUGGAGUGGGGAUGGAGGAGGGGAGGAGUCGAGUAAAGGUUGCUGGUUCCAAACUGCUGAGAGGGAGUGUUAUUAUUUCUUAGAAAAUCUGAACACUGACUAAUGCACCACAUUGUUUUGGGUUUCUGACAAAAAGAGCAUUUAAGGAUUUUACUACUUUAUGUUGCUACAUUCUAAUGUGCCAUUUUGUUUUUAUAAACAGUAUAAUGCAGGGUUGUCAAACUCAAUUCAUAAAGGACCAUGUCCAAUUUAGACCUAGAGAGUUCCUAACUAAUGAAUAACCUUAAUUGGAGCGAAAACCCGCAGACACUCGGCCCCUCCAGAAAUGGAAUUUGACAGCCCUGUUACAGAGCAUUUGCCUGAAGAGAAUGACAGAAACUGAUGUCUAAGUUGGUUCCUCUCUGUCUUUGCAGUGCCUCCCACCCCAGCGGCGGACUUCGGAGCCCCACCCACAGUGACGGCAGCUCCCUGCUCUGCUCCCCGGGCCUAUCCCCCCUGGCCGUGCCCAUCCACCCAGAGGGUCCAUACGUGGGACCCCUGUCCCCCCAUCCCCACCACAUGGCCUAUCUACCCAGCCUGUCCCAGGCCUCGGUGGUCAUGCUGUACGGAGGUCCGGCAGCGCAGGAGGGGCUUCACCGCUUGACCACGGAAGUUCAAAGGUCGUCAGGGUCCGGAGAGAGCAUCCUGGGGAAGAGGAAGAGGGAUGAAGGAGCGGAGGAGGAGAAGAGGGCGAAAAAAGACACGAGGGUGUCGCCUGAGCUGUCUGAAGAGGUGAGUUUAUGGGGAAAAGUGAAAUCCACAGAUGGACUGUGGAUCUCUGAUAGAUUCACCAUAAGCCUUACAAGCUUCAGGUAGGCGUUGGCCAUAUGUACACACUGUACCUAGCAUCAGAUUACUCAUCCCAACUGCAAUUUUGACCUUAGGUCACUGUAGAUCAGUGUCUAGUGACCACUUCAUCCUACUCCUGCUAGACCAAUCACAAUAAUGUAUGAUCCUGAUUUAAAGGGGAAGUUCAGUGUUUUACUACUUAAUGUUAGAGGGUUCCUCACCCUGAAAGUAAUGAAAAAGUAAACUUCCCCUUUAAUUAGAAGCGUGGUGAUUUGACAACCAACAAGACAGGUCAGGGACAGCGAUGCUUCUUACUGUAACGUCUCAGGCGUAGAUUCAGUCAGAUCACAUUUUAUUUGUCACAUACACGUGUUUAGCAGAUGUUAUUGCGGGUGUAGCAAAAUGCUUGUGCUUCCAGCUCCGACAGUGCAGUAAUAUCUAACGUUAACCAGCAAUAGCUGACACCUGCAUAGCGGAUGUUUUGGCAGUGUCAGAGGUGUAACUGCGUUGGAGCUGUCAGAUCAGUGAGCAGCUGCUCUUGAUCAUUGUCAUGAAGCCACACCCCUCCCACUCGCGUUAAAGUUCAGAACGAGAAAGUGUAGGCUAUAUUGAAAUAAUGAUGCUCAGAUUGCCAAUAGCAAUGUCCGCUUUAGGUAUAAUGACGUGAGCUGCUUGUAGAUUUGACAGCGCUAACGCAGUUCCAUCUCCGACACCACCAAAACAACCUCUAUGCGGAUGUCGGCUAAAGCAGAUCUGAUUGAACAGAGCCCUCAGUCUUCAUAACACUGGUUGGUUUCCAAGGUGACCAGUACACUCUUUAUGCAUUGUCAAUAAUGAGCUUCCCAAUGAUGCCCUUUUGUUAUUUAUAAGAGUGACUCUCACACUGAUACUACUGCUGGGAAAUCUCACACACACACACACACACAGCUGCCUGUCUGUCUGGACACUCCAAUUAGACCGACUCUAAAGAUCACAGUUGCACAGUUACAGUGCAUAACUUUGUCCUCUGUUGCUUUCAUUCAGCGUUUGUACUGGAAGUAUCUGGGUUGCUUUCUAUAUGGCACCCGAUUUACUAUAUAGUGCACUACUUUUGACCAGGGUCCAUAGGGUAGUGCACUAUGUAGGGAAUAGGGUGCCAUUUGGGACUCCGUCCUGAACUCGUAGGGGGGAGUCAGACCAGUGUAAUCCCCAAAUGGUUUGUUUUACGUACGGGAAUGUUUUCUCCAAGGAGGGAGUUUCAUUUUCCUCCACGGGUGUGUCCCAAAUGGCACCUUGUUCCCUAUGGGCCCUGACCAAAAGUAGUGCACUAUGUAGGGAAUAGGGUGCCAUUUGAGAGGCUGCCCGUGAUUUUCUGAGGUUCAGUACAUGUGAAGGUGAAAGACAUAACUCAGAAGAAUGUGCUGUUUAUGUUUAGAGAUCUCAUCAUAAUGAAAAGAGGUUUCCUCCAAAGUUGCUUAGCAACAUUAUACUGAUUGAUUAGGGAAUCGAGAGCUUCCGAUGAUGGUAUGAAGACAUUGUAAAGGACAUUAUGAUGAUAUGAAUACAUUGUAAAGGUCAUUAUGAAGAUAUUGUAAAGGUCAUUAUGAUGAUAUGAAGACAUUGUAAAGGACAUUAUGAUGAUAUGAAGACAUUGUAAAGGACAUUAUGAUGAUAUUAAGACAUUGUAAAGGACAUUAUGAUCAUAUGAAGACAUUGUAAAGGACAUUAUGAUGAUAUGAAGACAUUGAAGUAGUAGAGGUCAUUAUGAUGAUAUGAAGACAUUGAAGUAGUAGAGGACAACAUUAUUUCAGUAUAUUUCAUCAUCAUACAUGCUCUGAUUUAAUGUAGAAAAUUCAGAAAAUCUUGUUAAUGAUUCCCGAAAGCAGAGUAUUAAAUUAAAAUAUGAAUCACUGCAUGCUCACUGAUUAGGAUACAAUUAUUCUAAAUUUUAAUUAAACACAAUGGCAUUAUCAUUUUGGUGAUGUAUGGGCUAUUUUUAAUUGUACAAAACUCCACACUAUUAAUCUUACCCUCUCACUUCCAUUAAACUUGAGGAGCUAGAAAAGUAAUGUGAGGUGUGCUCAGAUACACCCAGUAUAUCUUACCUAGCAGUGGUCUAGAAAAUGGACCUAAACCAAAGUCACAAAAUCCUCUGCAGAGGAAGCAUAGCAUUUCACAUUACUUGUGCUUGAACAAUUAGCAAAUCAGAGCUAUGAUUUUGGUAAAUGAGCCAUGCAAUUUCAUUAUUUGAGAGGGAAAUGUGAUCAAAGCUCAUCGUAAAUUAUUUCUGGGAUGCACCAGGGAGCGCUGCAGCAUUGGGCUGUGGGAGGGUCACAUUAAAACGGAAGAAUAUGGCUGGCAUGAACACUGAAUCCUCAAGGCAUUUGUUUUAUUUAACUCUCAGGAGGGUAUCUUCCUUUUCACACGCAUCUGAUUCCGGGGUGAAGUUUCCCCUACACUCUUAGAAAAAAAGGUGCCAUCUAGAACCUUAAAGAGUUCUUCGGCUGUCCCCGUACAGAGGGUUCUACAUGGAACCCAAAAGGGUUCUACCUGGAACCAAAAAGGGUUCUCCUAUGGGGACAGCCAAAGAACCCUUUUGGAACCCUUUUUUCUAAGAGUGUAGGUACAUUUCUAGGAUCAGUUUCCCCUCCCCAAAUCCUAACCUUAACUAUUAGUGGGGAAAAUGCAAAACUGACCCAAGAUCAGCGUCUAGGGGCAACUUCACCCUACACCUCUUAACAUGUCUCUUGUUUUUAUUUUCCUAGAGGAAGAGUGUGGAGGGAAGGAGUGUGGAGGGGAACAGCUUGCAGAUGACCACCAGCCCAAGGACCAGCUCCCCAGGCCAACCAGGGGGGCUAGCCAGGGAAGAGGCCUCAUUGAGGGACAUCAGAGACGGGGAGGUGGGCAGACACAGCCCCCCCAACAACCAGGUCCAGCCUUCACACUACCUCUAUGUGCCUAACUCUGCAGGUAUGCUAUGUUAAAAACAACUCGCUACCAGUCAGUCAGUGUUGCAGUGUUGCUCAGUUACAAAGCAAAAAUCUACAUUCCAUGUGUAUCUCAUUAUCCACACAAGCGUCAUUCUUUUAGUUUGCUUGUCUAAAACAUGACAUUAGACUCUACCAGUAUGGAUAUUGGACUGUACAGAUAGUGUUGAUAGAUGCGUAAGGUCUACUUAGGAGCAGUGUCCUUAACGUAGUGACCUCAGUCCCAUGUAGGGUUUUGUAGUCUUCCACACCUAUUUUUCUAGAUGUGGUUGUAAUUUUGGGCUGUACCUCGUCUCCUGUUGGUUGAAGCGAUGUAUCCUCCCCCUCCUCAUGGCUCCAUAGGGCGCUGGUCAAAAGUAGUGCACUAAAUAGGGAAUAGGGUGCCAUUUUUUCACAGAUGACUCGUCCUCACUCCCCUCUCCCCUCCAGGUCUCAACAGUCUCAACUUCCUCCUCUCUGCUGGUCAGACGCCAGACGGCCUGACUCUACCUGCUGGCACCAUGCCCACUCUGACCCUGCCCUACGUCCUCGUGUCCUCCUCCACCCUCUCCCCCUACCCGCUCAUGGCCAACGGGGGCGAUGCCCAUGCCAACCUCAAUUUCAACAUGUCCGCCAUGAUGUCCCCCGCCUGCUUCGUGAUGGGAGCCGCCGUGGCCGGAGCCCCAGAGUUCAGUGGAUUGGCAGUGGCGCCGGCCCUCUCCAGUCCAGAGCAGCACCGGCUGUUCGGGUCGGGACCCAUACCUCCACAUUCUCCCUUGGAGCCCAGGCCGCCUCUGACCUUCAUCCAGACAGAGACACAGGUGAGACAGGCAGACAGACAGGCAGACAGACAGGCAGACAGACAGACAGGCAGACAGACAGGCAGACAGACAGUGCCUUAACCACUUUACAUGGAUCAGAUUGUAUUUGGAAAGCAGUUGGUAAAUUGGGUACUUUUUAAAAUCCAGUCACAUGAUGUAUGACCUUUUGGGUAGCAGACAGACACUCUGGAAAUGCCACCGUCUAACUUGACUCAGUUUAUCAUGUUUAACUACUCCACAGCAGUUCAGCUUUUGUUUGCUUUCAAAGAUUAUCCCCUAAACGAAAUGUUGCUUUUUUCACCUCGGUAGUGUUGAUUAAUCUUUAGGCCAUUAAAAGACAAUGAAUGCUCCCCAGCAUAGCUCUGAUGAUGUCUCUCUGUGCCUCGAGAGGACACUUCUCAGAUGGCACUCUAUUCCCUAUAGCUAUAAUUCACUACUUUUGACCAGAGCCCAUAGGACUUUUGUCAAAAGUAGUGCACUAUGUAGGGAAUAGGGUGCCAUUUGGGACGAAGCCUCCCUCGUUAGACCUUCGGCGCCAAAUGAAGGGACAUUAUUAAUGAUGGGACGAGCCAACGUGUACAUCCGUAAAAAAAAAAUGUUUAUCAGCCAUGUACACUGUCUCCCACUCCUGCUAUGCGCCCCCUCUCCUAACAUUGAUGAAAUGAAGUCUGUAUACAAGUGGUCCGUUUCCAAAUUGAGGUUGUUCGAUUGCUCUGCUUAGAAAUGCAUAGCUAUGUUUCGCAGUGCCCCCGUUCAAGCUGAAAUGUAUCCUUCGCUGGAAAACUUUGUGUUACUUAGAAUUAAAUUGAGUGGUAUUUUAUAAGGCUGGUAUUUGGAAGAGGGGGUGAGGGGGGAUGGAAUACUGUCACAGUGAUACUCGACUGCCAGGGUUGAUAAUUUUUCUGGAGUGAGACGCUCGGCAGAUGCAGCUCUCCUUAAACUGUGUGGUUUCAGGGCCUCACUCUCUCAUCUCUUUCCUCCACAGACACCACAGACUCCCAAGGAGGCGGCAGCCGGCGGAGGCUCCAAGGCCUUCUUCCAGACACCGGGGACCCUGGGAACGGCCACCACAACCCCCCUGGCCCGCCGACGAGGCUCCGCCCAAAGGAGGCUGGACAUCGGCCACCUACCAACCAAUUAG